ACUUCGGAUCAUUUAAGGUUUCUGCCAUUCAUGUGCUCAGAUCUCUGUUGUUGAUAGGCUACAGUCUACAGGUCAAAGUUUAAGGGUCUUAAGUAUUUUUUUUUUAAUGUAAACUAAAAUCAUGGCAUCUCCUACGGUCAGUUUGGACCAGAAAAGGAAAUUGGAUCAAGAGGGUGAAAAAGGGGGCGAUGCUGAAGAAGAUGAAUGGGUUGGACCGUUGCCAAGCGAAGCUACACAGUCCAAGAAAAGGAAAGUGCUUGAGUUUGAGAGGGUGUACCUGGACAACCUGCCCUCAGCGUCUAUGUAUGAACGGAGCUACAUGCACAGGGACGUCAUCACCCACAUAGCAUGUUCAAAGACGGAUUUCAUUAUAACAGCCAGUCAGGAUGGCCAUGUCAAAUUCUGGAAGAAGAAAGAAGAUGAAGGAAUAGAGUUUGUGAAGCACUUUCGCAGUCAUUUAGGGGUGAUUGAGUGUAUAGCUGUAAGUUCUGAAGGGGCACUGUUAUGUACAGUUGGUGAUGACCAGGCCAUGAAAGUAUUUGAUGUUGUCAAUUUUGACAUGAUCAACAUGCUAAAGCUAGGCUUCCACCCUGGGCAGUGUGAAUGGAUCUACAAUCCAGGUGAUGCUAUAUCCACAGUUGCCUGUUCAGAGAAGAUGACAGGCAAAAUAUUCAUUUAUGACGCGAGAGGAGAUAACUGCCCACUUCACACGUUUGAGAAAAUGCAUUCAUCACCCCUGUCUCAAAUACGGCUCAACCCACGAUACAGAGUCAUUGUAUCAGCUGACAAAGCAGGGAUGCUAGAAUACUGGACCGGCCUUCCAAAUGAGUUCAAGUUUCCUAAAAAUGUGGACUGGGAGUAUAAGACAGACACGGAUUUGUAUGAAUUUGCCAAGUGCAAGACCUAUCCUACUAGCCUGGCUUUCUCAAGUGAUGGAAAGAAAAUGGCCACCAUUGCCUCUGAUCGGAAAGUUAGAAUUUUCCGCUUCAUAACGGGGAAGCUGAUGAGAGUGUUUGAUGAGUCCUUGACCAUGUUCACAGAGCUGCAGCAGAUGAGGCAGCAGCUUCCAGACAUGGAGUUUGGCCGGCGAAUGGCUGUGGAGAGAGAGCUGGAGAAAAUGGAUGGUAUCAGGCUGACUAGCAUCAUCUUUGAUGAAACCGGACACUUUGUGCUCUAUGGAACAAUGCUGGGCAUCAAAGUCAUUAAUGUAGAAACCAACAGGUGUGUGCGCAUUCUGGGGAAACAGGAAAAUAUCCGCGUGGUGCAGCUGAGCCUGUUCCAGGGAAUCGCCAAGAGCAGCCAAGCUGCACCCACUAUCGAGAUGAAGGCAUCGGACAAUCCUGCCCUGCAGAACUGCGAGCCAGAUCCUACCAUCUUCUGCACGGCCUUUAAGAAGAACAGAUUUUAUAUGUUCACCAAAAGAGAACCGGAAGACACGAAGAGCGCAGAGUCAGACAGGGACAUCUUCAACGAGAAGCCAUCCAAGGAAGAGGUGAUGGCAGCCACUCAGGCUGAGGGACCCAAGAGGGUGUCCGACAGUGCCAUCAUCCACACCACCAUGGGCGACAUUCACCUCAAGCUGUUCCCUGUUGAAUGUCCGAAAACAGUAGAGAAUUUCUGUGUCCACAGCAGAAAUGGAUACUACAAUGGACAUGUAUUCCAUCGUGUUAUCAAGGGGUUCAUGAUACAAACGGGGGACCCCACUGGCACUGGCAUGGGUGGAGAAAGCAUCUGGGGAGGAGAGUUUGAAGAUGAGUUCCACGCCACCUUGAGGCACGACCGCCCCUACACGCUGAGCAUGGCCAAUGGAGGGCCUGGGACUAAUGGCUCCCAGUUUUUCAUUACUGUUGUGCCAACGCCCUGGCUGGACAACAAGCACACCGUUUUUGGAAGGACUACGAAAGGCAUGGAAGUCGUUCAGAGAAUCUCAAACGUAAAAGUCAAUCCUAAAACGGACAAGCCCUACGAGGAUGUCAGCAUUAUAAAUAUCACCAUAAAAUGAAUAAAGCAAGCUGUUAGGCUGUAUUUUGUUUUCAAAUGUGUUUGAACCAUUGAACAUUUUUAAUAAAAAAACUG